UCUCCGUUUCUUACCUUCGUCCCCCUCUCUCUUCUCCUCUCACGCUCCUUUCAUCUGUCUCCUUCUGUCUCUGAGGCUUCCUUCAUUCCCGUGUCCCUUCUUUCACACAGCCAAGAUGGCGAUGCAAGACUUACUCAAAGCUGAUAACAUCAAGGCGGCCCUGGACACAUUCAAAGCCGCCGACUCCUUUGACCAUAAGAAGUUCUUCGAGCUGGUUGGUCUGAAGGCCAUGUCUGCAGAGGAUGUUAAGAAGGUCUUCAGAGUCCUGGACGUCGAUGCCAGUGGCUUCAUCGAGGAAGACGAGCUCAAGUUCGUGCUGAAGGGCUUUUCCAAAGACGGCAGAGAUCUGACCGAUAAGGAGACCAAAGCCUUCCUCACUGCCGCCGACAAGGACGGAGACGGCAAGAUCGGCAUCGACGAGUUUCAAGCCAUCGUGCACCAGUAAACGGAAAAACAUCUGGCAACCCGAAACACGUCCUCCUGUCCUCCUGUCCCUCACUCUGUCCCUCUGUCCCUCUAUUUAUUUACGUUUUUUAUACAGAAAACACCCACAUCACCUGCCGGGAAUCCUGCUUUCUGUUUUUCACACCUUUUCCCAUCACUCUCUCCACCAUUCUGUUCUUACUCUUCUUUUUUCUGUUUCUCCGCCCCGCCCUGUCCCUCCCAACCCUCUCCCUCGCUCCCUCGGAUAGAGCCGACGAUGAGCAAAAAAAACAAAAAAACAAAAUCAAAGACGACAAAGCGUGACGACAAAGCUGUGAAAAAAGAAAAGAGAGAAAAAUGAAAAA